AUGGACUGGGGCUGGGGGAGCCGCUGCUGCCGCCCAGGACGGCGGGACCUGCUGUGCGUGCUGGCACUGCUCGCUGGCUGUCUGCUCCCAGUGUGCCGGACGCGCGUCUACACCAACCACUGGGCAGUGAAGAUCGCUGGCGGCUUCGCAGAGGCAGAUCGCAUAGCCAGCAAGUACGGAUUCAUCAACGUAGGACAGAUUGGCGCGCUGAAGGACUACUAUCACUUCUACCAUAGUAGGACCAUUAAAAGAUCUGUUCUCUCAAGCAGAGGAACCCACAGUUUCAUUUCAAUGGAACCAAAGGUGGAGUGGAUCCAACAGCAAGUGGUGAAAAAACGAACCAAGAGGGAUUAUGACCUCAACCGUGCCCAGUCAACCUACUUCAAUGAUCCCAAGUGGCCAAGUAUGUGGUACAUGCACUGCAGUGACAACACACAUCCUUGCCAGUCAGACAUGAAUAUCGAAGGAGCCUGGAAGAGAGGCUACACGGGGAAGAACAUCGUAGUGACUAUCCUGGAUGAUGGCAUCGAGAGAACCCACCCCGAUCUGAUGCAAAACUAUGAUGCUCUGGCAAGUUGUGAUGUGAAUGGGAAUGACUUGGACCCGAUGCCUCGUUAUGAUGCAAGCAAUGAGAACAAGCAUGGGACCCGCUGUGCCGGAGAAGUGGCAGCCACUGCAAACAACUCUCACUGCACCGUUGGAAUCGCUUUCAACGCCAAGAUUGGAGGUGUGAGAAUGCUGGAUGGUGAUGUCACCGACAUGGUGGAAGCAAAGUCUGUCAGCUACAACCCACAGCAUGUGCACAUCUACAGUGCCAGCUGGGGCCCAGAUGAUGAUGGGAAGACUGUGGAUGGGCCAGCUCCCCUCACCCGGCAAGCCUUUGAGAAUGGUGUGAGAAUGGGGCGGAGAGGCCUUGGCUCUGUGUUUGUGUGGGCAUCUGGCAAUGGUGGACGGAGCAAGGACCACUGUUCUUGUGAUGGCUAUACCAACAGCAUCUAUACCAUCUCCAUCAGCAGUACGGCCGAAAGUGGAAAGAAACCUUGGUACUUGGAAGAAUGUUCAUCUACACUGGCCACAACCUACAGCAGUGGAGAAUCCUAUGAUAAAAAAAUAAUCACUACUGAUCUAAGGCAGAGAUGCACAGACAAUCACACUGGAACAUCAGCCUCAGCCCCCAUGGCUGCUGGCAUCAUUGCCCUGGCCCUGGAAGCCAAUCCGUUUCUGACCUGGAGAGACGUACAGCAUGUUAUUGUCAGGACUUCCCGUGCGGGACAUUUGAACGCUAAUGACUGGAAAACCAAUGCUGCUGGUUUUAAGGUGAGCCAUCUCUAUGGAUUUGGAUUGAUGGAUGCGGAAGCCAUGGUGAUGGAGGCAGAGAAGUGGACAACUGUUCCUCAGCAGCACGUGUGUGUGGAGAGCACGGACCGACAAAUCAAGACCAUUCGCCCGAACAGUGCAGUGCGCUCCAUCUAUAAAGCCUCAGGCUGCUCGGAUAAUCCCAACCAUCACGUCAAUUACCUGGAGCAUGUAGUUGUGCGUAUUACCAUCACACAUCCACGGAGAGGAGACCUGGCCAUCUACCUGACUUCACCCUCAGGAACCAGAUCCCAGCUUUUGGCCAACAGGCUAUUUGAUCAUUCCAUGGAAGGGUUUAAGAACUGGGAGUUCAUGACCAUUCACUGCUGGGGAGAACGGGCUGCUGGGGACUGGGUCCUUGAAGUUUACGACACUCCAUCUCAGCUGAGGAACUUCAAGACUCCAGGUAAAUUGAAAGAAUGGUCCUUAGUCCUCUAUGGCACAUCUGUGCAGCCAUACUCCCCAACCAAUGAGUUUCCCAAAGUGGAACGCUUCCGCUACAGCCGAGUGGAAGACCCCACAGAUGACUAUGGUGCUGAAGAUUAUGCAGGUCCUUGUGACCCUGAAUGCAGUGAGGUUGGAUGUGAUGGGCCAGGACCAGAUCACUGCAGUGACUGCUUACACUACUACUACAAGCUGAAAAAUAACACCAGAAUCUGUGUCUCCAGCUGCCCUCCUGGCCACUUCCAUGCGGACAAGAAGAGAUGCCGGAAGUGCGCCCCCAACUGCGAGUCCUGCUUCGGCACCCAUGGUGAUCAAUGCCUGUCCUGUAAAUAUGGCUACUUCCUGAAUGAAGAAACUAGCAGCUGUGUUACACAGUGCCCUGAUGGGUCAUACCAAGAUAUCAAGAAAAAUAUUUGCGGGAAAUGCAGCGAGAACUGUAAGGCGUGCACUGGAUUUCACAACUGUACAGAGUGCAAGGGCGGGUUAAGCCUUCAGGGAUCCCGCUGUUCUGUCACCUGCGAGGAUGGACAAUUCUUCAAUGGUCACGACUGCCAGCCCUGCCACCGAUUCUGUGCUACCUGCGCUGGGGCUGGAGCAGAUGGAUGUAUUAACUGCACUGAGGGGUAUGUCAUGGAAGAGGGAAGAUGUGUACAGAGCUGUAGUGUGAGCUACUACUUGGACCACUCUUCAGAGGGUGGAUACAAAUCCUGCAAGAGAUGUGAUAACAGCUGUUUGACAUGCAAUGGUCCAGGAUUCAAGAACUGUUCCAGCUGCCCCAGUGGGUAUCUUUUAGACUUAGGAAUGUGUCAGAUGGGAGCCAUCUGCAAGGAUGGAGAAUAUAUUGAUGAGCAAGGCCACUGCCAAACCUGCGAAGCCUCAUGUUCCAAGUGCUGGGGACCAACUCAGGAAGACUGUAUCAGCUGCCCCAUAACAAGGGUCUUCGAUGAUGGUCGCUGUGUUAUGAACUGUCCCUCAUGGAAGUUCGAAUUUAAGAAGCAAUGUCAUCCGUGCCACCACACUUGCCAAGAAUGUCAAGGAAGUGGGCCUUCCAACUGUACCUCCUGUAGAGCAGACAAGCAUGGUCAGGAGCGCUUGCUGUACCAAGGAGAGUGUCUGGAGAACUGCCCUGUGGGCCAUUAUCCUGCCAAGGGACACGCCUGCCUACCCUGCCCAGACAACUGUGAGCUUUGCUACAACUCACAUGUCUGCAGUAGAUGCAUGAGUGGCUACAUCAUCAUGUCCACAAACCACACCUGCCAGAAGCUGGAGUGCGGACAAGGUGAAUUCCAGGAUUCUGAGUAUGAAGAAUGCAUGCCUUGUGAGGAAGGAUGUCUGGGAUGCACUUUGGAUGAUCCAGGAACCUGUACCUCGUGUGCUACAGGAUAUUACAUGUUUGAGUGGCGUUGCUAUAAAGCCUGCCCUGAGAAGACCUUUGGUGAAAAAUGGGAAUGCAGAGCCUGUAGUACUAACUGUGGCAGCUGUGACCAACAUGAGUGCUACUGGUGUGAGGAGGGCUUCUUUCUCUUGGGUGGCAGCUGUGUACAGGAUUGUGGCCCUGGGUUCUAUGGAGACCAAGAGUUGGGAGAAUGCAAGUCCUGCCACCGAGCCUGUGAGACCUGUACUGGCUUGGGCUACAACCAAUGCAGCAGCUGUCAAGAAGGGUUGCAGCUGUGGCAUGGGGCAUGUAUCUGGCCCAGCCGGCCCCAGGUGGAAGACAAGGUCUGGAAUGAAGCCGUGCCCACUGAAAAGCCAUCUUUGGUGAGGAGUCUGCUGCAGGAUCGGCGAAAGUGGAAAGUUCAAAUCAAAAGAGAUGCAACGAGGCAGUAUCAACCUUGUCAUUCUUCUUGUAAAACCUGCAAUGGAUCUCUCUGCGCUUCAUGUCCAACAGGUACCUACCUGUGGCUGCAGGCCUGUGUUCCUUCCUGUCCCCAAGGCACUUGGCUGUCAGUCACCAGUGGCACCUGUGAAAAGUGUGCGGAGGACUGUGUCUCCUGCUCUGGAGCCGACCUUUGCGAACAGUGCCUGAGUCAGCCAGAUAACACUCUGCUCCUCCAUGAGGGCAGGUGCUACCACAGUUGCCCAGAGGGCUUUUACGAAAAAGAUGGUGUUUGUGAACACUGUAGCUCCCCUUGCAAAACAUGUGAAGGAAAUGCCACCAGCUGUCACUCCUGUGAAAGAGACUUCGUCCUAGACCACGGGGUGUGCUGGGAAACUUGCCCUGAAAAGCAUGUGGCCAUGGAAGGAGUCUGCAAGCCCUGUCCAGAGAGGUGCCAGGACUGCAUCCAUGAGAAAACUUGCAAAGAGUGCAUGCCUGACUUCUUUCUGUACAAUGACAUGUGCCAUCAUUCCUGUCCCAAGAACUUCUAUCCUGACAUGCGCCAGUGUGUCCCCUGUCAUAAAAACUGUCUGGAGUGCAAUGGUCCCAAGGAGGACGACUGUAAGGUCUGUGCUGAUACUUCCAAGGUUCUUCACAAUGGACUGUGUUUGGAUGAGUGCCCUGAGGGAACCUACAAAGAAGAAGAGAAUGAUGAAUGCAAAGAUUGCCCCGAGUCCUGCCUGAUCUGCUCAUCGGCUUGGACCUGCCUGGCCUGUCGGGAAGGCUUCACAGUAGUGCAUGACACCUACACAACCUGUGUGAAAAAGUGUCCAGAGGGCUACCACGCUGACAAGGAUAGCCAGCAGUGUGUGCUCUGCCACAGCUCUUGCAAGACCUGCGAAGGACCACACAGCAUGCAGUGCCUCUCCUGCCGACCUGGCUGGUUUCAACUGGGCAAGGAGUGCUUGCUGCAAUGCAGGGAUGGAUAUUACGGAGAAAGCACCAGUGGUAGGUGUGAGAAGUGUGACAAGAGCUGUAAGUCAUGCCGGGGCCCACGGCCCACAGACUGCCAGUCUUGCGAUACAUUUUUCUUUCUCCUGCGCUCCAAGGGGCAGUGUCACCGCGCCUGCCCGGAGCACUACUAUGCAGAUCAACACGCACAGACCUGUGAGAGAUGCCAUCCGACUUGUGACAAGUGCAGCGGAAAGGAGGCGUGGAACUGCUUGUCCUGUGUGUGGAGCUACCACCUUCUGAACGGAAUCUGUACCCCAGAAUGUAUUGUAGGGGAAUACAGAGAUGGAAAGGGAGAACAUUUUAACUGUAAAAAAUGCCAUGAGAGCUGCAUGGAAUGCAAGGGUCCUGGGAGCAAGAACUGCACGGGAUGCUCAGCUGGCCAGCUGCUACACAUGGAUGACAGCCGCUGUCUCCAUUGCUGCAAUGCUUCCCACUCCCACAGACUCCAGGACUGCUGUGACUGCCAGAGUUCCACAGAGGAGUGCAUCCUUCCAGCCAGCGAGGGUGAGUUCUAUGAGCACACCAAGACUGCUCUGCUGGUGACCUCAGGCGCCAUGCUGCUGCUGCUGCUGGGGGCUGCUGUGGUCGUGUGGCGGAAGUCCCGAAGCCGACCUGUGGCGAAGGGACGCUACGAAAAGCUGGCAGAACCCACCGUGUCAUACUCCUCCUACAGGAGCAGCUAUCUUGAUGAGGACCAGGUGAUUGAGUAUAGGGACCGGGACUACGAUGAAGAUGAUGAGGAUGACAUAGUCUAUAUGGGCCAAGAUGGCACUGUCUACCGGAAGUUCAAGUACGGGCUGCUGGAUGAGACGGAAGAUGAUGAGUUGGAGUACGAUGAUGAGAGCUACUCUUACCAAUAAACAGAGCCUUCCUCCCACCUCAAACUUCCACAACCCACCCUCACCCCCUGCCUGCCACCCCCAGCCUCCCAUCCCUUCCUGGUCCCCAGGCCUCUCAACCCUGCUGAGAGCUACCAAUACAUAGGCUGAGGUCCUCGUGUUUGUUUUGUCCUUAUUUUACAUCCAACCUGAAUAUGCAGGGAUGCUGGAGUCUGCUGUGCUGCUUUUGAUUAGCUGAGUGCAAUGAACAUAUCCCGCUAGAGGAGAAUUCGAAGGCAUUUUCCCUGAGGGUAUGUUAAGACAUUAAAUGCAGGAGACAAAAAGAAAUGAGAUCUGUUGAACAUUCUAAUGUGAUUUUUUUAAAGUGGAUGGAGAAGACCUGUAAGGAUUCUGCUUUCAAACUGUGCUUGGAGACUCACCCGCACAACUGCUACCUUCUAGAAUUCUGAUAUUUUAAAUAUAGGGGAGAUGGAGUAUCCCGCAGAGUUGUUGGGGCUGGGGUGGGAGAUCUCUCCCCUUUCAAUUGUGUUUUUUAAAAAGUCUGUAAAGACCAAGAAAAGGGACUUGUAGUUUCUUUAACAGUACUCCUGAAGAGCAACCAUCUCUCCCCUGACUGCUUAGGAGCCAUGAAAAAUGAAAGGACUAGCAGCCUCACAGCUGACUGACCACAUGCUCACUGAGCCACAGCUCCUUUACAGAAACCCAGAACCAUAAUGAUCCAAGAACAGAGAAAGUUCCAAUGGAGGGAAGGCAGCACCAGGGCCAGAAGGAAGAAAAUUGUUUCCAAGACUCUCACCCCUGUGAUUUUUCUAAGAGCCUCAUUGGUAGGAAAUAAUAAAAGAAAAAAGUGUUAAUAGUAACCUAACACAGAAGACAAAAAUUUCACUCACUCUCAAAAAUUAAAUAAAGACUUUAGCUGCUAAAUCAGA